AAAGCGGGGACGGGCACGGCCAUGUUCAACAUCGGUAUGUGCACACACUUUCACUGCUUCUUCUUAGAUGAUCUAAUGAAAGUGUACAUGGUGUAUGCGAAUUGCAGGGAUAUUCAUACCAAUGCAAACGAGGGUUAUAGCAUGCGGAACGGGGCCCACUGUCUUAGGAUUGGUCUCAAGGUUUGUGGUGGGGCCCACAAUCAUGGCCGUUUGCUCUCUUGCUGUGGGCUUGCAUGGGCCUGCUUUACAGAUCGCCAUCAUUCAGGCGGCAAUUCCACAAGCCAUAGCUUCAUUCGUGUUUGGCAACGAGUACGGACUACAUGCAAACGUCCUUAGUACUGCGGUGGUGUUGGGCACGGUGAUUUCCCUUCCACUGUUGAUUGGUUAUUACAUUGGCUUGGAUUACGCUGUAUAAGGGCGAAUAUCUUGUCUUUCCUGAA